AGCUGGUAGGAAGAGACCUAAACUCGUCAUCGAGUUGUAGGGCCUUGAUAAUAAUAAAUAAUAUUUACUAUAAAACUCUCAAGCGUUAUUAUUACUUUUUUUUGGAAGUGAGAGAAGGGAUACUUUAUGUAUUAAUAAUUUUAUCUUUAAAAUAGAAUCUUGUUAAUAAUAUGAUCAGUUUUUAAAACUUGAAAAAAAAAUGGAAAUCGGAAUAAAUUUAAAGGUAUAUACACUGGAGAGAUAUCAUUAUCAGCGUCACCAUCAUGAUAUAAACAGCGCCAGUGUAGUUGAGGACAUAUCAGUGUAUCCGCUGAUCUCGCCAGGGAAUCAUGCACCUUUGGUAUUUCAGGACCGUUCAAUUUCCCUAUUCCAUAGGCGAGAUGUUUGAACAAUCAACGAUUAUCUUCAUUUUAUUUUUCAUCACAGCUGUAUUUUGCAGUUUUCUAGGAGUAUGCUACGAAUAUAUGAAAAGACGUUAUAGAUACUGGAGUGAUAUCGGGAUUCCAGGACCGAAACCGGAAUUCAUUAUUGGUAACAUGAAGGAGUCCCUAUUUAUGAAAUGCACAGAACCAGAAAUGACGGACGUUUGGUACAAGGACUACCGAGGCAAUCCCUACAUAGGUUUCUACAACCUGCUCAAACCUUCUCUUUUCAUCAUGGACCCGGAACUGAUAAGGAAAGUCACUGAAGUCGACUUCAAUCACUUUAUUGACCAUCCUUCCUUCAGCGAGCAUUCUGGUAGCGACGUCAUUAUCUACUCCUUGUUCGCGAUGAAGGACCAAGUUUGGAAGGUGAAACGACCGAUAUUUUCAAGGCUGUUCACGCCCAAGAAGUUGAGGGAACAAAUAGAAAUCUUCAAUAACCGAUAUUCCUUGCUGAAGGAGGAAAUUGAAAAUAAGUCAGAACUUAGAAAAGACACGGAAUUAUUAAAAUUCAUCGGAAGAUAUAUUCUCAUUAGUUUUUCAACAAUACUUUAUGGUCUCGAUCUAAUGAAGGACGAAAAAUUGUUUGAAGACUUAGAAGGGCAUUCCGAGAAAUUCUUUCAUCCUGGAUUGCACCAGGCGUUGAUGUUCUUAUUCUACACUGCUUCUCCGGAUCUUUUCAAUUUCCUGAGGAUGAAGACUUUUCCGCGAGACAUUUGGAAAUAUUUUUCUCCUUUCACGAAAGAACUUCAAGAACACAACAAAAGAUUGGUAAAUACGAACGGGUGUAACUUGGUAUCGUUGCUCAACCAAUAUCAAGACUCCGAGCCUGCCUCAGCUAUAGACCAUCCGGAGGCUGUAGGUCAUAUUUUUAGCUUUUUUAGCGCCAGUAAUCACACGACCAUCACCACCGUCAGUUACGGUCUCUUCUUGCUCGGUCAACAUCCAGAAGUUCAGGACAUGCUUCGCGAAGAGGUGGAUAGAGUAUUGAAAAGAAAUCAAAAUAUCACCUCUGAAAAUAUAAAUGAUAUGGUCUAUUUGGAUGCAGUCCUCAACGAAACCAUGCGACUCUAUCCGUUGCUCGGGGUUUUAAAGAGGGUUUGCACAAAGAAGUAUUAUGUCGACGAACUCCUAACAAUUCCUGAAGGCAUGGAUGUCUUUAUCCCUGUUCAGGCACUUCAUAUGGAUCCUGAGUACUUCCCGGAACCGGAAAAGUUCCAUCCAGAAAGAUUCUUGGGUCUUGAAAAGCUGCCCUCUAUCUUCAUGCCAUUUGGAAGAGGACCAAGAAACUGUAUUGGACUCAGAAUGGCUGAAAUUGCCUUCAAGAUAGCGGUUGCAAGAUUAAUAUCAGAUUAUGUAAUCUUACCCAAUCCUAAAUCGACUCUUCCUAUCAAGUUCGAUCCACGAUCUCUGUUCAUAACUUGUAUGCCAGAGAAUGGAUUGUGGGUCAAGUUACAGAAACGAUAGACUCAUCAGUAGAUGCGAUGCAUUGUUUUAGUCUUGAAUGAGAUAGUCAAACUACGGUAAAGAUCUCUUAGAAAAAAAGGAACUGAGUUAGGUAUUCACAUAUUCCAAUCCAUCCUUAAAUUUGCAUUUACUCGGUCAGUUUUUCAAAGGGCCAUUACCAUAAUUGUGUUUCUUAUGAAAGAAACUCCAUGGCAAGAUAAAUAAAUAGUAAAUAUAAACCCAGAUUUUACACAUUUCCAAAAUACAAGAAACUCAAAAAUACUAAGAGAUUGAAAAGGGUUUUACUCGUUUCUGUAUUCCCAGAGAGGUAAACAUGACGGACUUUGAGAAUCGAAUUUGACUUAACAUAUUAGUUUCAAAAAGAAACAAAAGGAAGAAAAAGAAAUUGAAAAAAGAAAGAAAAAGAAUAAAAAAGAAACGUAAAAAUUCGUCAAAGAAAAUGGUAAAAGUGAUAACACAAACUUCCUUUGAUUUUUUUGAAAAACUGACAGCAGAUGGAUCAGUCACAAACAGAAUGCCUCAAACAUCUUGAGCCUUGAGAAAUAACUCAUUUACAUAUUCUGUUUCUGUAGUUUGCGAUGUGUGUAAAAGCGGCUUAAGAAUUAAAAAUCAUAGGUACUUCUACUUAUUUUCCAAUUCUUUUAAAAUUAUCGAAAUGUUAAGUAUUUAUUGAUUUUUAAGACUAUCUGCCUAUUACUUCCAUAUUUAGUUUAUGGAUCCUAGGCCUUAGUAUUUUAGGCAGUGAUAAAUAAAAUUUGAUCAAUCGGAUCUUCCAGAACGGAUUUAGUUGAUAAAAAGAAAACAAAAUUUAACUGUACUAUUCUUGCCUGAUAAAAGAAGACACGAAUGCACUACAUACUUCCAAGACUAUCACUUUAAAGCAGUGAUCAGUUGCUAAAUAUAAUGAAUGCUAAAAAAUGACUACCAUUAGAUAGUAGCCAAUUGAUUUUGAGAGUGACCCUUCUUUCUGAAGUGAUUUAAAAGUAAUUAAAAUCAAAUGAAAGCAACCCUAAAACACCUGCAUUGUUCAAAAUGCCAAUCUCAUUUUAUGGUUGUUAGUCCAAUACAGAUAAUUUUUGUAAGGAAAUAGGAUGAAUAAAAAAUAAAUUUAUUUAUUUAUUUAUUAAGAAUAUAAAAUAAAGUAAACUUAAGUUAAGUAGCAAUAUAAUAUAA